CUCGAGCCCCUUGUGAACGCGUGUACAAGAGUAUAAAUGGCUGUACUGAUUGUGCGUAAAGUUAGAAGAAUUGAACUUGGGGAAGAUCUACAACAAUGGACCUCAGUUCAUUGAUUUUUCUGAUACUUUCAUGCUCGCUUUGUUACGUUUUUGCAUUGUCACCGAAACAAGGUAAAGAAAAAUUCGGUUAUCAUGUAUUAACUGUAUUCUUAAUACCGUAACUGGUUAUAGCCACAUUAAUAUUUUAUUCGAUUUUCUCGACGCACCAAAAUACUUUGCAAUCAUAAUCAAUCGAUGGGCGUUGGCUCAUGACUUUUCAGUAGUGAUAAAGUUGUUGUUGACAUGAAUCUGUACUUCAGCAGACAUUCCUUGACCUCGUUCUGUAGCCAGCAGUAGUGUUGAUGUUGUGUGUUUCUGCUCGUUCCAGAGGUGUGUCUACUUCAAGUAGAUGAGGGACCUUGCGGAGAAGAUAUCCAGCGUUACUACUACAAUACUAUCACUCAACAAUGCGAGGAGUUUCUCUAUGGAGGCUGCCAAGGGAAUGCAAACAACUUCAUGAGUUUUCAGGAGUGUCAGAAAGCAUGUUUUAGAAUACCAAGUAAGUUUUUAUUUACAUUUUAUAUAGGUCUGUUUCUGUCACGCUCAGUCACGCUCAGUUUUUGGUUGUUGUUUUUAUUUAUUUAUUUAUUUAGACUAUAUGCCAUUUAUCUUAUGUCAUCAAAACAAUUAUAAAAUCAUGAAUUUUAUGAAACAUUUGGCCUACAGCACUUUUGAAAAGUUUUGUGGUUGUGAAGUUUUGAAAUGGACUGUCAAUUCAUCCAAACCAAUUCAGGAUAAAAGGCCAUACAAUGUGACCGGUUUCAUUUUUCAAUAGUUCCUAUUCAAACGUGUUUCUUCUCAACUUCUCCACCCCACCAGAGAUCCCUCAGAUCUGCAGGUUCCAGAAAAAGGUGGGUCCCUGCCGGGCCAUGUUCUUGAGCUACUUUUUCAACAUGACCACCAUGCAGUGUGAGCAGUUCUUCUACGGAGGCUGCCAGGGCAACGAGAACCGCUUCCAGGACCAGAUGUCUUGCAUGGAGUACUGCAGACCACACAAAAGUAUGUGGACAAUAGUCAAGGUCAACAGUCUGGCUGUUUUCGAUUAGCCGUGAAGCACAACAGAUAAAACAUUUCCACAUCCAGUGUUGAGCACAUAGGCUUAUUCCAUAAACAAUGCUAGUUAAACCAUAUUCUACGUUUCGGACUCUACUGUGUUCACUCUGUUGUGUUAUUAACUUUGUAUUACUUUUGAGGAAACAUCUUUAACUUAGCUCACAAUAAUUACAUGAGGAAUGAUGUAGAAACAAGAUUAGAGGAAGCUUUUUCAUGAAAUUUGGCAAUUUAAUUGCAAACACCUACAUCCUCAUCACAUCCUAGCCAUGAGGACUUGCAAUAGUUGAUGAGUAAUCAGGAAAUGAAACUAGAUAGAAGGACCAGUACUAAAGGACCAACCCUGAUGCUCUAACAGUCUCCUCUAUCAAUACCACAGGAGGUUGGUGGCACCCUAAUUGGAGCGGAAUAGGUGGAAUGGUACCAAAUACAUUGAACAUGGUUUCCAUGUGUUUGAUGCCAUUCCAUUUGCUCCAUUCCAGCCAUUAUUAUGAGCCAUCCUCCCCUCAGCAGCCUCCACUGAUCACUACUAUACUCAAACUAGAUAGAAAGACCAGUACAAAAGGACCAACCCUGACGCUCGUAACAGUCUCCUCUAUCAAUACUAUACUCAAGGGUCUCACAGUAUGCGAGUGCCUUAAUUUUCUCCUACAUUUUCUUGACAUUAUUGCAUACAGCCCUCUAUACAGACUUCUCUCAGUUGUACGUCUGUUUAUGUUCAGAAGCCGGAGAUGAGCCUCUCAGCUGAAGAGUAGCCUACUCUCUUCUUAUUGUCCUGUUUUUCUUAGACAAUAUUAUUCUGAAAUGAUUCCAUCCGGUACCCUCUCUCAAUUUUAUAUCUACUUACAUUAUUAAGAAACCAGAGAUGUAGCCUGGGUACCCGUCUGUUUAGCUGUUCCACUCCUGGACACUCCUUGUCAUGUUUGGAAUGACAAGGAGCGGCAGGUAGCUUAGUGGUUAAGAGCAUUGUGCCAGUAACCGAAAGGUCGCUGGUUCUAAUCCCCGAGCCGACUAGGUGAAAAAUCUGUCGAUGUGCCCUUGAGCAAGGCACUUAACCCUAUUUGCUCCUGUAAGUCGCUCUGGAUAAGAGCGUCUGCUAAAUGACCUAUUAAUUAUUAUUAUUUACAAUUCCAUAAGGAGUUGGCGAGAGAUCAGAAACAGGCUGGCACCCAGGCUACCAAAGAUGAGCGUCUUGGUUAAUGUUGGCUGAAGAGUAACCUACUCUCUCCCAGAGUUCUUAUAGUUGUUUUGUGUGAUUGCCAGCUACUCCUGUGCUCUGCCUGGAUCCCCUGGAUAAAGGAGGCUGUGCUGCAUCUGUACCGCGUUACUACUACAACUCAGCCUCCAGGAUGUGUGAGCAGUUCAUCUAUUCAGGCUGUGGAGGAAGCAGCAACAACUUUAUAUCCAGACAAAGCUGCAUGGACGUCUGUGCUAAAGGUAUGAUAAUGGUCAUGAUGCGCACACACACACACACACACACACACACGGGCACACACGUAAGUAUGCAUGUGAACCUCCCAACACACACACACACACACACAUAGUAUCCUCUAUUCUUUGUUUAUCUGAAGAUAAAACUGGGGGGGAAGGGAGGGGGUGUUGUUGAAUAUAAUGAAUAAGACUUAUUACAUCUGUCAGCCGAACAACCAUUUGCAUGUUCCCCAUAAUUGCAGUAAUGGCUACAGGGCUUUUCGUUAACGCAAGCUAACUCACUGUAUAUAUUUUUAGUAUCCCAGUAAUAAUUGAAAUGUGGCAGAUUAUAGACAGGUUGUGUUUAAGGUCAUUGUGUGACUGGAAUGCUGGCUAUCUAUGGAUCAGAUUAUAAGAAACAUGCUUUAUGUCUUUGUCAAUUUCUAACUGGGGAUCAAGCGCGGCCAGCUUUCAAUGAAGUACAGCGUCCAAAAACAGCUGCUUUACAUCUUAAUCUCUCAAUAUUGGCCACAUUAAUUGUAUAUCUGAGUAAUACAAAAUAAAAGUGUGCUAUAACUGAGCAGUAUGUGUGGUUUAGGUUAAUCUGCACAUAGUUUUCAAUAGUUUUAGAUGGUUUUAGCAGAGCUGAGUGUUUCCCUGCCCCCCAGCAGGCAAACCGAACAUUCUGGACCUUACUGUGAUGUAAUAAUAACCUAUAUGAUGAUAUGUAAUUUUCUUUGUUUCAGAUGGGAAACCAUGGAUAACCAAAAACAAAGGCAGAAGAGCAGGCAUGAUGAGAACAACCGCCAGAAAACGUAUUAGAAUAAAGUCUAAUAGAGGUAUUAAAAUGGUCAACAAUUUGAUUCAGUGAUUUUUAUUCAAAGGGUCACAUGAAUUGACCGUAAAUGAACAGACAUUGAAAUGUUGAAUUGUAUGUUUUUUUUACUGCACCAGAAUUGGCUUGCUACUUGCACUGCAUUUUUCUGUAAUGAUUAACUGUGAUGCACAGUUGAAAAUAGCGAACCAAUCAAUCAAAUGUGAAUCAACCUACACCAGCAAUAUUUUUGCUGAGUAGGUUUCUCAAGACAGUUUGUAUUGUAGUAUACAUUUAUCAUGGCAACUAUCAUACAAUAUAAAAAAUAUAUUGUUAUUUUAGAUUUUUUUAAAUACUGUUUAUACUUUAACUGUUUACUGUUUUCUACCAUUUAUGAUUAAGUAUUACUGAGGCACUGUUUAGAUUGUUAAGCAAUAUUAGCAAAAUAAUGAAUGUAUUUUUUUGUGUUUUCAACAUAGUACAUUUGAACAAAAACCUUUGGUUAGCUUUAUAUGAAGUUUUUGCAGCAUGACAUAAUGGAUAUAAUAAAUAACUCAGAAAUGAGUCUGUACAGGACUCAGUCGUUUUUCUCCCAUUUGUCCUGAAAUUCCACUUAGCCUCUAACUAUAAUCCUGUUACUAAGUAGGAAAAAGAACUGAAUGUGUGUCAACACUUCUGCAUUUUCCUCUGGGUCCUCUUUUUCCCCCCCCAUGUAUGCUUGCAUUCGUCACCUUGCCCCUUCUCAUCCAAAGGCUUGAUACUUCAGCAGAACACUUUCUCCUGUUUCUUUACCUAUCCCGCUUCCUUUCUCCCCUAAAACUUUCACUUUCUCCUCUUAUCUUGCUUUGACUGGGUAGUUUGGUCAUUUUCAGCCCCUUCAGAACAGCCGGUCUAAAGGAAGGUAGUAACCACUACAUUUUACAUAUGCUCUUAUCCAAAGCAAUUUA